AUGAGUACCACAGCUACAAGGACUCGACGACCCCACACGCGUAGCAAGACAGGGUGUCUGACAUGUCGAAAGCGCCGUGUGCGCUGUGAUGGCGGGAAACCCAUGUGUACCCGUUGUACCAGUGCGGGACGCGAUUGUGAGUUCGGGGACGCUGAGUUACCGCUCCGCGAUCGAAAAGCUGUAUUCCUACCCGGAGAGCAGGCACCUUGGGUGGUCAGCUCUAGCAGUCCAUCCGCGACACUAGUCGUCGACUCACCUUUUGCUAAAUCGGUUGAGCCCUUUGAUUGCUUGGGUCUUGACAUGUCCUUGCGUUCAAGAGAGCUGCUCCAUUAUUUCCACCACAGCCACGACAGCUCUGAUUUGAUCUUGACAAAAGCCUCAAGAAAUAGCUUUGCAUCUAUUGCUCAACAUCCCGAUGCCCUCCGCGACACUCUUCUCGUGGCAGGUUUGCACUAUGCAUGGACUGUCGGUGACCUUCAGACGUACAAGACGACGUUCCUCUUCCAUAAGGUGUCGACGAUCGGCAUCUUGAACAGAUGGUUGCAGAAUAUUCAGCAGCCGGGGUUGAUGACCUUCAUCAGACAUGUAUCAAUUCUUUGUUUCAUCGAGGCCUCGUAUGGAAACGUUGGUGAUACCGAAGCUCACAUCAACGGAUUGACCGACGCGGUGAAUCUACUCAGUCCCCUAGAUGAUGACUUUGGGAACAGAACCGGCCUCGAAGAAGAACUCGCUAACAGGUAUCUUCUACUGUAUGUCUUAUCCAAGGUACUCUUCUAUCUGUUCUCAACUAAUUGGUCAGUACGCACUACGCCUACAAAGGCUUUCAAGCUCGAAUACUGGGCAGCGAUUCCUUGA